UAAGGUAGUGUAGUGUAGUGCGAGUGCGAGUGCGAGUGCGAGAGUGCAGACCCCACUCCACGACUGCCGUACGGUGAAAGUGCGCUCGCCUCACUAGCGUCCCGACCUCCGCCCGCAACUCACCGUACUGUACCGUGCAGUGUCCGUGUGCUGUGUGAAGUGCCGCGCCGCGACGUGCGUGUCUGUGUGUCUCUCACCAUACUUGUGGAUGCUAAUUGUGCUCUCUUUUUGGAUUACUUUCAUAAAGGAACACAAAACAUAAGCCUGUAUUUCAAAACACACGUUCAUGUUUUGGCUCAAGUUUCAAAAACAUCGUGAUAUAUCCAGGUCCUUGUUAAAGGGAUAAGCAGCACACUGGCUUUUCUUAAACCAGGGGCGCCGGCUCCCGCCAGCAACGCUGCCCCUGUUAUGCCGUUCAUUGACGACGAUCUGCUGUGGCCUGACAACGACAGUGACAACAAGAUCCCUGACCUCUCACAGUGCCUUGCUAAUGAAACAAGUGGAAGCCUAGGAGAGCUGUCCACCAAUGAUCUGACGGGUCUUGACACGCACCUUGACGAUGAGACUGAGGACAUCUUCAACCAACUGGCUGAUCCUUCAUUUGAACUGGAGCAGUUCUUUGAUUUUGAAGAAAAGGAAGAGAACAACAACAGUGUUGGACCAGUGAGCAAGAACCCGGCGACGGUAGCCCUGCUCCAGGAGAUCCACAGAAACUCACUCAAAGUCAGCAAGUUGAACAUUGCUGCAGCUAAUCCUUCUGCUAGCAGAGAAACUAGCAACACCUGCAUCUGUAGUUCCUGGGUCGCCCACUGCGAGUUGUGAAGCACCAGUGUUUCCAACUCCUCUGCGGCAGAUCAAAACUGAGCCGGAUACAAGUAGAACAGGUGAGUUAGACAAUACUGGCAAUACGAUUGUGCAGUUUGGUAAGUAAUACAAACUAAAACUAAACUUUAGUGACAGAUAAAUCGAUCAAACUUAUAUAUUAUGUAAAGUAAUUGCAUACGUUAAAAAUAAUUAAUUCGGAUAUUUAGUGGGAUGAAUUAACGAACUAACCACUGCCACUCUCAAAAAGAGAUCAAAGAAAACCUUGACUCCAGAUCUGGUGGUUAAGCCACACUUUAAGGGUUAAUGAGCACAAGGGAGGAGAGGUUGAGCUCUGAUUAAAAUUCAAUGCCGGUAUAACGUAAGGAAAAUUACAGAUUAAUUUUACCUGUUUUUAUGCGAAAUUCUGUCUCUUUUUACAGUACAAAAUAUUGUUUUUAUGUUACAUUAAAUAAAAUCAGUACCAUUGUGAGUUAACGUUAUUUUGUACUUUCAUUUAUUAUUAUUCUGGAUAUAACGAAGUAUCCUAUAUUUUUUUUAUAAAACCCAUAUA